AUGGUAAACACUCUAAAAGCGCGGCGAGGACAAAUUAGAGGCAAUUUAACACGAUUUUGGACUUAUGUGUCUACUCCGGACAAUGAUCCUAAGCAAAUAAGUAUACGACGACCAAAGAUUGAAGAAGCAUGGGAAGAGUUUCAACAGGUACAGUCGGAGAUUCGGGAUGAGGAAGAUGCAAAUGAACAUGAAGAAUAUCAAGUAGAUUUCGAAGAGUUAUAUUUCAAGGCAAUGGCCAAAGCGGAAGAGAGACUUCAACAAUCAGAAAUAAAAGAAAACUUGUCCAUCGACACACAAGUAGGAAAAGAAAAAAACGGUGUAAGAGAGAUAAGUAAUGCCGUACCAUCGAUAAAAUUAGCUGCGUUACAAAUACCCGUGUUCUCAGGUGUAUACUCCGAAUGGGCUCCGUUCUAUGAUAUAUACACCGCACUGGUUCACAAUAACAAACACCUGACAACAAUAGAAAAAUUUAUUCAUUUACGUGCGUCACUAUCCGACGAUGCGGCGAACUGUGUCAAGAACCUAGAGACCACAGUUAAUAAUUAUGAACACGUUUGGAACAGUUUGGUUACGAGAUAUAAUAAUAAAAAAUUAUUAGUACAAACACACGUAAAAGGUAUUUGUGAUUUACCUACAGUCAAAGCGAGUUCGUCCACGGGCUUGCGACAAUUUUCAGAUGGUUUACGUGGUCAUAUAUCGGCCUUAAGAGCAUUGGAUCAACAACCGUCAGAGUGGGGACCGUUGUUAACACAUAUUAUAUGUACUAAAUUAGACGCAGUCACUAUAAGCGAUUGGGAAACGAAGUGCGGGAGAGACGAAAUCAAAAAGGUCGACGAAUUAAUCGAAUUUUUAGAAGCACGUAAAAAAGGCACAAAAAAUACCACAUCAUCUACUUCAUUUGUCAACACCUCGGAAAUAAAAUGUUACGUAUGUCAACUAUCGCACACUAUAUACAAGUGUCCCAAGUUUAUCGCACUAUCAGCGAUCGACCGAAUUAAAAAGGUAAACGACCUUAAUUUGUGCAACAUUUGCCUCCGGCGUCACGACAAAAGGAAAUGUCUUGGGCGAAAUUGUCUAAGGUGUUCCAAGCCACAUAAUACAAUGUUACACAUAAACAAUUACAAACACCAACCAAAUUCAACGAGUGAAACAUCAGAAGCAAACAGUAAAACUGAGGGAGAAACACCUGCCUUAAGCACGGUGACCGCCCACGCAUUCGCGUCGGGUGAACAGGUGUUAUUAGCUACGGUAGUAGCCCUAGCUGUGAGUCCCUACACGAAAACGACAACAUGUCGUGCUUUAUUAGACUCCGGGUCUCAGAAAAAUUUUAUAACGGAAGAGAUGGUGCAGACACUACGUUUAAAAAGAAAUAAAAUUAAACACGUAAUCAGCGGUAUCGGUGAAAUAGUACAACAUGCGUCGUCGUCAGUAUGGUUAAAAAUAAAAUCCCGCGUAAGUGAUUACGCAGUAUUUCUACCAAUGAUAGUAGUACCAAAGAUCACGGGUCAAUUACCUCCGCGAAAUAUAACAACAACAUGUAACGUUCCCGAUAACAUUAAAUUGGCCGAUCCACAUUUUAGUACGCCCCAAAAAAUCGACAUAUUAUUAGGCGCAACGCAUUUUUAUCAAUUUUUAUGUGAUGGACAAAUACGUCCCUCGACGACUGGGCCGUUAUUCCAAGAAACAGUAUUUGGAUGGGUGGCCGCUGGAGCAAUAUCGGAAAAUAGUUUAUCAAAGGCAUCGACUUCGAACACGUUUUUUAGCGCAACCGAUAGUGAAUCCACGCUAGAGAACGCAUUACAACGAUUUUGGCUGAUUGAAGACGUAAGCGAUACACCACCUUAUACGAUCGAGGAGCGUACUUGUCAAGAAUAUUUUAAUAAGACCGUUAUUAGAAAUGACGAGGGACGAAAGUCGUACGAAAUCGCAAAACGUCGCUUCUUAGCAAUAGAACGUAAGUUCCAAAAAGAUAAGGAAUUAAAGAAAGAAUAUUUUUCUUUUAUGAAAGAGUAUGAGUCAUUAAACCAUAUGGAACGGGUAGAUGAGAGCGAACUCGAAAAAGAAGAUCAAACGUGUUACUUGCCCCACCACGCCGUUAGAAAAGACAGUAGCACGUCUACAAAGUUGCGGGUAGUGUUCGACGCAUCUUGCAAAACAGAUAACGGUAUUAGUCUUAAUGACGUGUUAUUAAAGGGCCCGGUUAUCCAAGACGAUUUAUUAUACAUUAUUUCACGAUUUCGAACUCAUAAUUACGUUUUAACGGCCGACAUAGUUAAAAUGUACCGGCAAAUAUUAAUGACUGAUAAACAUCGCGAUUAUCAAAGAAUAUUAUGGCGCACGGACCCUAAUCAACCUAUACAAAUAUAUCGACUGAACACGGUCACAUAUGGCACAGUACCCGCAUCAUAUUUAGCGACAGGUUGUUUACAAGUACUAGCCGAAACGGUACACGAACAAUACCCAUACAUCACGCCUAUUAUCAAUCGAGAUUUUUACAUGGACGACAUACUGACCGGAGCCGACACGAAACAGGAAGUAAUUAAAAUACGCGACGGCUUGAUUGUGGUUAUGAACAGUGCCGGUCUAAAGUUACGAAAAUGGUCAUCAAACGACGCGAGUUUAAUAACAUCAAGUCUACCUAGCGAAGAUAUAGAAAUAUCAAAUAAACACGAACUUAAUUAUUCUGUAAAAAAGGUAUUAGGUUUAUUCUGGGACGCUUCGUCGGAUAUAUUAAAAUAUAACGUGCGUGAGAAUAAAAGGGUAGAUGGGAUGUCGGUUACCAAACGCGAAAUGCUGUCCGAUAUAGCUGCGAUCUUCGACCCGCUGGGUUUAGUCGGCCCAUUAAUAGUGCGAGCAAAAUUAAUAUUACAAGCGUUAUGGCGUGAAAAGAUUGAUUGGGACGAACCCGUUCCAGUGCACAUACGCGAACAAUGGUUUGAGUAUAGAACACAAUUAUCCGCGUUAAACAGGUUAUCAAUAACACGCAAAAUCACGAACAGCUUAAAAUCGUGUGUUAUUGAGGUCCACGGGUUUUCGGACGCUAGUACAUUGGCGUAUGGAUGUUGUUUAUAUUUAAGGUGUACGGACAACGCGGGCAUUCAUCAUACUAAUUUAAUAUGUGCAAAAUCCAAAGUGGCACCUUUAAAAACAUUAUCAUUACCUCGGUUAGAGCUUUGUGCGGCACUGUUAUUAACACGUCUAGCGUAUAAAUUAAUACCGAAAUUACAACUAAAAAUUAAUCAACAGUAUUUUUGGACCGAUUCGAUGAUAGUAUUGGCAUGGAUCGCUUCACCUUCGACGAAAUGGAGAACGUUUGUUGCACAUCGAGUAGCUGAAAUACAAAGUAAAACAACAAUGGGCGAAUGGAAACACGUUAGUACAUGCGACAACCCGGCUGACGUGAUAUCUAGAGGUUGCUGUCCGUCUAAAUUAAUCAAUUUAGAUUUAUGGUGGUCGGGUCCCAAGUGGUUGACUGAAGAUAAAUUAAAUUGGAUAGAAAGUUCAGACACUCACCGUAAAUUAGACAAUAUUCCGGAAGGUAAAGAAAAUAUUAUCAAUGUUAUGUGUGUCAUUGAUCACGAUGAUUUUAUGUUAAACAAAUAUGAAUCAUUGACUAAGUGUUUAAGGAUAACCGCGUACUGCAUACGGUUUAUAAAUAACGUGCGUACGCGUAAGAAUAAUAAUAUUAAAUUAACAGGUUUGCUACAACCAGAAGAGUUGGAAAAAGCAACUUUGAAAUUAAUAAAAUAUACGCAAAAUAUCGGUUUUGUUGACGAACUGCGGGAAACUAUCGAACGGUAA